AUGGUUGGUGUGCAAUUCACAACCGAGCAACACACAUUUUUGGUGCUAGAGUACAAUAAGACAAGAAGUCCAGGGCGGGUAAUUGAGCGUUUUGAAGAGAGGUUUCCGGACCGGCAGCCUCCAUGCACCAGGACGAUUUUAAGGAAUUUUGCUAAGUAUUCAACACAUGGGACAAGUCUAAACAGAAAUGUUGGACAUUCUGGAAGACGACACCGGCUACAGGAACUUUUCAGAAACAGAGUCAUUGCCUUUGGACAACCAAGAGAAUGGCCUCCUAGGUCUCCUGAUCUUACCCCUUGCGACUUUUUUUUGUGGGGGUAUCUCAAAUCACGCGUGUAUCAAACACCUCCACAGAAUUUGGAGGACCUCCGCAACACGGAAUCACUGCAGAAGUGCAUUCACUGCCGCGGGACAUGGUUCGCCGAGUCGUGCUGA